GAGUGGCCGGCAUUAUUAGACGCAAUCUGUUUGCUUUUUUGUAAAUAAGUUUGAAGAUCGUGAUUAAUUCGAAAAAGGUUACUUAUUAACUAAUUAUUAUCUGUAGAAAAAAGGUCUCCGCAAACUAAAUACAUACAGUACUGUCAAUUUAAAGUUAUAAUUUAUAAAGUAUUUACUAUUUGCAUUCUGAAAUCUUGAACAGCUUUCCAAUAAUGUGGAAGGAGAGUUGUUUUAUGUUUUGAACAACAGUGAUGACAGCUAAUAAUAAUUGAGUCACGAUGGAGUUUAAAUUAGUGCGAAUUGAUACUUCAGAGCCUCAAAAGAUUGACCUUCCUGAGGGUACACACAUCAUAGGCAGAGGAAAGUUUAUUGUAAAUGAUGCAGAAGAUAUGAGGGUAUCAAGAAAUCAUGCAGAGAUUGAAGUCACCGAUACCUGUGUCAUCUUAAAGUCUUUACACCAAAAUCCAUGUUUCUAUAUUGACAAAUUAUCAAACAGCAAACGGACAUUAACACAGAAUAAUGCACAAUUGCUAUGUAAUGGUGAUAAAUUUGGUAUACUACCUGAUACAUAUUGGUUUGAAUUAAUAUGGUGCUCAUCAGAUGUGAUGAAAAAUUAUGUUACAAGCAAUAGUACUCCAGCUGAUAAUAAAGAAAUACCCAACGAGUUGAGAGCAACACAAGAAUAUAAUUUAAAUGAAACAAAUGGCUUACAAGAGACAGUUGAGGAAGGUGAAGCUCCACAAACAUUAAAAGAACAAUCACUAGAAAAACAAUCUGAAAGUCCUCAAAAAUCAUCUCAAGAUGAAAUUGUAGGUAAAAGAUCUAUGACUUCAGAAGAUUGCAACAAUAGUUCAGACAGUAAGAGAUUGAAAAUUAAAAACGAAGAAGAAUCUGGAGAUGAGGCCAGAGGACAUGAAGACUCUAGUGUGGCGGGACCGAGCUGUGAUCAACAUAAAGAGGAACAAAAUGAUAAUGGAGAAGUGAAGGAUCAAAAUACAUCACAGAAUGGUAACCAUGAUGGUGCCCAGGGAAUUAAGUCUCCCAGAGAGAGGUGCAUGUAUGGUGCUAAUUGUUACAGACGCAACCCCCAGCACGCGGCGCUGUACAGCCACCCGCGCGACGCGGACUGGACGCCGGCGCCGCGCUGUCGCUACGGGGAGCGCUGCACGCGCCGCGACCCGCGCCACCGCCGCGACUACCUGCACCCCGCGCCCGCACCCGCACCCGCGCCCGCCCGCCACGGGGACCCACCAGGUAUGCAAUUAGUUCAGCGACACGGGAACACGUUCUAUAUAAACGCGCACACCGUCAACUUCUACGACGAUCACUUCCAAGUCGAAGAUUCAGACGGAGACAGCGUCGACUACGAUUACGAAUUCUAACAACUCACUAAUACACUUCCUAAUGUAGAAAAAAUAGGAAUAAAAAGAAUUCGAGUAAUAGUGAAAGCGAAGAUGAUGAGCCGACAAAUGGUCUGAUUGUGAACGGGAAGAGGGUACGGAAAUAUAUAAAGCGGG